AUGUCCCCACGUGUGCAUACUAGAUACCUCAAAGUAGAAUACAGUCCUGGUUCUCCACGCAGACACAAGGGACUGGGCAGGAUGACAACCAGUGAAGGGGUCAUAGGAGUGAUCUUCUUAUUACAGACUGUGGUUGGGGUUCUCGGCAAUUCCUCUCUUCUUUACCACUAUCUGUCCCUUUACUUCACUGGGUGCAGACUAAAGUGCACAGACCUGAUUCUUAAGCACGUGAUUGUAGCCAACCUCCUAACUCUCCUAGGUAGAGGAGUGCCCCACACAAUAGCAGCUUUUGGUUGGCAAGUUUCCCUUGGUGAUGUGGGGUGCAAACUACUGUUCUAUCUGCAAAGAAUAAGCAGGGGUGGGACUAUUGGCAGCACCUGUUUCCUGAGUGUCUUCCAGGCCAUCACCAUCAGCCCCAGGAACUCCAGGUGGGCAGAGCUUAAAGUGAAGGCUCCCAAGUAUGUUGGCUCCUCCUUGUGCCUGAUCUGGGUCCUGUACAGCCUUGUCAAUGUUAUUUUUCUUAUGUACACCACUGGGAACUGGAGCAAGAAGAACCUCACAAGCCUCAAAUAUCAUGGGUACUGUUCCAGUAUUCGUCAUGACAAAACCACAGAGUCAUUAUACGCAGCCCUGCUGUCCCUCCCUGAUGUUUUGUGUUUGGGGCUCAUGCUCUGGACCAGCAGCUCCAUGGUUUCCAUCCUGUACAGGCACAAGCAGCAGAUGAGACACAUCCACAGGACUAAUGUCAGCCCCGGAUCUUCUCCUGAGUCCAGAGCGACCAAAACCAUCCUUCUCCUGGUCAGCACCUACGUCUGUUUUUACACACUCUCCUGCAUCUUUCAAGUUUCCUUGCUAUUUAUUUAUAAUCCCACCUGGUUCCUGGUGAACAUAUCUGCAAUAGUUGCUGGCUUUUUCCCAACUGUCAGCCCUUUUCUGAUCCUGAGCUGUGAUGCCAAUAUAUGCGCAUUUUGUUUUGACAACAUAAGAAAUAGAAAAUCUCCUACUCUACGAGGAAUCAAGCUCACAAAAUUGCACUUGGUAUGCAGGCGCUGUGCCACUGAGCUAAAUGCUCAGCCCCGGGACAUAAUUGUUGAUGGGCCCUUUCCACUCACUGGUCUCUCAGUCACAUCCCAGUCCAUGAGGGUUGACACCGAGUCUUCCCCACACCUCAGCAGAGCUCACUCCGAGUCACUGUCCCCAAAAGAGGAAGAAACCAAAAAGGCUUCCUAUGGGACACCUGGCACUUGGCUCUCAUUUCCUAUGUGA